UUAAGAGGGGUGGGGGCCUUUGGGUAUUGGUUAGUUAAGGGGAGAUGGAGAGGAAGCAAGGUUUCUUCUCGGCGCUGAAGAACGAGGUGGUGAGAGGGUUGUCGCCGGCGAGGUCCAGAACGAGAAGCCCAGCCAGGAGUGGCUCUCCCAUGUCGGGGUUGCUCCGGCGUAGGAAGCAGCAUGUAUCGCGUCCCCCAGAGACGCUGAUUGCAAGAUCUGGAAGCCUGAGGCCUCCGGGGGAGACGUUGACGCCGUUGAUGGAGGGACCUGAUCCUGAAGGAUGCGAUGGCGGAGGGGAUUCCAAGAGGGAAGGGUGGGGACAUUGGAUGAUUGGCCAACUCUCUCGCGCACCCUCCGUUUCUUCCUCUCCUUACAAUCGAUCAGAUCUUAGGCUUCUGCUCGGUGUAAUGGGCGCACCUCUCGCCCCCGUGCACGUUUGCUCUACCGACCCUUUGCCUCACCUAAGCAUCAAAGACACUCCCAUCGAAACUUCGUCUGCUCAGUACAUAUUGCAGCAGUACAUGGCUGCUUCCGGAGGGCAAAAGCUUCGGAACUCUAUCCGCAAUGCCUAUGCCAUGGGGAAGUUGAAAAUGGUAGCCUCAGAAUUCGAGACGGCCACCAAAGUUGUGAAGAAUCGGAAUGCAUCCCGAGCAGCUGAAUCAGGUGGGUUUGUCCUGUGGCAGAUGAAUCCUGACAUGUGGUAUGUGGAACUCGCGGUUGGUGGUAGCAAGGUUCAUGCUGGCUGCAAUGGAAAGCUCGUUUGGAGGCAUACCCCCUGGCUUGGUGCACAUGCUGCAAAAGGCCCUGUUAGACCUCUACGCCGUGCACUACAGGGUCUUGAUCCCAGAACCACUGCUAGCAUGUUUGCGGAUGCUCGGUGCAUUGGAGAGAAGAGGAUUAAUGGAGAGGAUUGCUUCAUCCUCAAGCUAUGUGCAGAUCCGCAAACAUUGAAAGCAAGGAGUGAAGGUCCAGCAGAGAUCAUAAGGCAUGUCUUGUUUGGCUACUUCAGCCAGAGAACGGGCCUUCUUGUACACAUGGAAGACUCUCAUCUCACCCGCAUCCAGUCCAAUGGAGGUGACACUGUGUACUGGGAAACUACCUUUAAUACCUUCCUUGAUGAUUAUAGACCCAUUGAAGGGAUCAUGAUUGCCCACUCAGGCCGGUCGGUGGUGACUCUGUUUAGGUUUGGGGAGAUGGCGAUGAGUCAUACUAAGACGAGGAUGGAAGAGGCAUGGAGUAUCGAGGAAGUAGCUUUUAAUGUCCCUGGCCUAUCACUAGACUGUUUCAUUCCACCUGCAGAUAUAAGAGGUGGGUCUGUAAGUGAAACGUGUGAGCUCCCUAAGAGUGAGAGGGGGAAGGCCUUGGCAGUAGCUGCUCAUCGAGCCAAAGUUGCUGCUUUGGAGAAAUCUCAUGCUAGCAACCAUGACAACAUUAAGUGGAAGAUGGAAGUCCUCUAACACGAUGUAGGAACUGAUCUGGGCAAGCUUGUUCAUAAGAUACUGAGUUUUAACAGACUUGACUGAUUUUAGGAAGAGGUGGUGGUGGUGGUGGUAAAAUAGUAUAGUAGGAACUAAGCUGAUCCAAAAAUUUUGGAGUUGGGGGAUGCUUAUAGCUGUAAAUAGAGGAUAAUUAUUCACACAUUCACUGGCCUUAUUCAGAAAUAGGGCCUGAGUGAAUUUUUAUACUCUCUAUACAGAGUAGGAGUUUGGGUUUCUUCUUUGUUUUCCACCAGUGGAGAUAGAGCAGAUAAAGGUUUGUUUUUUCACCUUACCUUCCAUGCAAGACGGAUCAUGGUAUUUCUUUGAUAGGUCAGAGAAGAAUCACUAACCUUCCAAUAUUCUACUAAUUUUCUUGCCUGAAAAUGUAACUGAUGUCAGUGGUGAUGAAGAAUUCAGCUGCUGGCUUUCAUGGGCUUGAUACUGAUGUUGUUUAUUGGGUCUUAAGAUUUGUUUCUGUGCUUGGAUUUGUGUCUAGUGUUGGUGUGUUUGAUUGAUGUAGAAGUUUUUGGGUGUUGGGGAAAGAAAAGGGAGGGGGGGGGGGGUUCUGUUCUGAGUUGUGAGAUAGAAACCCAAUUUUUCUUACUGUAAUUGAAAUGUUGAAGUGUCAGAUCGGGCCUUAUUGUUUAUGGAUUGUUCAGUGCUGUUGAAAGAAGGAUGUAAACAGAACUUUGUCUUUCCAUCA